UUUUACUCAAUGCAAGUAGGCGCCUCGUACUAGACCGCGUCAGUUCGACCAAGAGAGGGAUUGCCGACAAGCACUAUGGAAUGCCAUGAUGCGAAACCGUGCCGUGGCUGCGAGAUCACCUACCGACGUUCCUCCUGGCGUAUGACCGUUCAUUCAAGGACCAGGCAGUGGAGUGGGUCUGUGGUUGCGUCCAGUCGUAAGGGGUUUCUGGACUCCUUGGAAUGCUCGGCUGCUCAAGACAUCCCUAUGGAUGAUCAUCUGUCUCUUGGAGGGGCAGGGGUUCACUUAACCCUCCCAUCAACUACUAUUCACUAGUGGGGCAAAGGAAAUGGCUACCAGACUUGAGAUAAAUAGGCACGUCACGCCUGCCGCGAAAAGGGCUUCUCACAGGCUCCCUCCCCAUUUGCCCCGAGUGCGCGUUCUCAGGCGUGGUUUCUUCCCCUUUUAUCAACCUGCGCACAAACACCACACUCAUGCAGGUACUCUCUGUCGCGCUCUGCCUCUGGGCAGCUGUCGCUCAAAGUGUAGUCAUAGCGCCUAUCCCUCGAUCGGCAGACACUGCAACAACGAAAUUCGAUGCUGUCUUUCUGGACGAAAAACUGCAGCCGCGAGCCGCUGCUGACGGCUACUGGUUAAAUGACUUGUCCGGCAAGGGCAUCGCUCCUUUCAACUCAAACUCCGCAGGGUACAAGGUGUUCCGAAACGUCAAGGACUACGGCGCGAGAGGUGACGGUGUUACUGACGACUCGGAUGCGAUCAACCGUGCGAUCAGGGACGGAAACCGCUGCGGUCCUUCCGUGUGCGACUCGUCAACUGACUCUCCCGCCGUCGUGUACAUCCCUUCUGGCACUUACCUCAUCCAAAAGCCGAUCAUAUUCUACUACAUGACCCAGCUUAUCGGCAAUCCUCGGAACUUGCCUGUUCUCAAAGCUUCAGCCACCCUCGAUGCUCUGGCUUUGAUCGACGGCAGCCCUUACAAUAAUGACAAUGGCCAACCCGGUUGGACCUCUACCAACUUGUUCAUGCGCCAGAUUCGAAACUUGAUCAUCGAUGGUACUGCUCGAUCCCCGACUCUAGGUUUCCAAGCUAUCCACUGGCCGGCUUCGCAAGCAACUACAAUACAGAAUGUGAAGAUCCGUAUGAACCAAGCAUCGAACUCUGUUCACGCUGGCAUCUUCGUUGAAAAUGGAUCUGGAGGCCACAUGGCUGAUCUCGAUAUUGAGGGAGGCCUAUACGGUAUGAACAUCGGUAACCAGCAGUUCACUAUGCGGAACGUCAAGAUCUCCAAGGCCAUCGUGGGCAUAUCUCAGAUUUGGGACUGGGGCUGGCUGUACUCAGGCUUGUCUAUCAGCGACUGCGGUACUGCCUUCUCGAUGACCAACGGAGCGGCAGCAGGCAAGCUGGAAGUCGGCUCAGUCGUCAUCAUUGACAGUGAGAUUACCAACUGCCCUACUUUUGUUGAUCAGGCAUGGUCGUUGUCCACAACACCUACUGGCGCCGGACAACUUACCAUCCAGAACGUCAAGCUCAACAAUGUCCCUGUCGCAGUCAAGGGUCCCAAUGGCGCCACUGUCCUUGCUGGUGGAUCUACCACUAUUGAUACCUGGGGUCAGGGCAACAGGUACACGCCAAAUGGACCACAGAAGUUCCAAGGCAUUUUUACAGCAGCCGCCCGGCCUGCUGGACUCUUGGACAAUGGUAAAUUCUACUCGAAGUCCAAGCCUCAAUAUGAGGCUUUGACAUCGAGCGACUUCAUCAGCGCUCGUAGCUCCGGUGCCACUGGAAACGGAAAUACAGACGAUACCCAGGCUGUACAGAAUGCUAUCAACGCAGCUGUAUCACAGAAUAAGGUCUUAUUCUUCGAGCACGGUGUCUACAAGGUUACCAACACACUCGACUUCCCGCCCGGUCUUCGUGCAGUCGGAGAGACCUUCUCAACUAUCAUGGGCUCUGGAAACGCCUUCGCAGACCAGAACAACCCCAGACCUGUGGUCAGGAUUGGUCAAGCUGGCCAAAGUGGCAGUAUCGAGUGGUCUGACAUGCUUGUGCAGACUCAAGGAGGUACUCCGGGAGCAAAGCUGAUCGAGUACAACUUAAGGACUGCUCGUGGCUCUGGUAUCUGGGACGUUCACACGCGUGUCGGAGGAGCUAAGGGUACCGGUCAUCAGGUCACGCAGUGCCCCACUGGGUCUGUGAACCCUCAAUGCUUUGCCGCACACACCAAUGUCCAUAUCACUAGCUCCGCGUCUGGAGCUUACUUCGAGAACAACUGGUUCUGGACGGCAGACCAUGAUCUUGACGACCCGAAGUCCACACAAAUCUCCAUCUUUACAGGACGCGGUCUUCUGGUUGAAGGUCGAGGCACUUGGCUGUGGGCGAACGGCGUAGAGCAUCACACCCUGUACCAAUAUCAGUUCAACAAGGCGGCGGACGUGUUUGCAGGCUUCAUCCAGACUGAGACGCCAUACUUCCAGCCGACACCAGACGCCUUGAGCUCGCCUUAUGUGCGACAAGCGGCCUACAACGAUCCUGUCUACACGGCCGGCCAACGCGCCUGGGGGCUCCGUGCCGUUGACUCGACUAACAUUCUUAUCUAUGGAGGAGGGCUCUACUCCUUCUUUAUCAACUACGAUCUGACCUGCAGCAAGGCCGAUGCACCAAACGGUAAGAGGAUAUGCCAGAGUCAGAUUCUGAGCCUUGAGGGAACAACGAGCUUCCAAGCGUUCGCGCUGAGCGAAGUCGGUGUCGAGCAGAUGUUGACCAUCAAUGGUCAAAACAAAGCUCUCUGGUCUGACAACCUGAGCGUAUACUCGAACACGAUCGGCCUGAUCAAGUCAAACAUUUAGGAGUAUGUAGGGGCCAAGGUAAAGUGGUCUCCUGUAUAUAAGUAGCAUUAGCGGCGGAGUUCAUUGGUAUGACAGGGAUGCGUACAUUACUGUUGUUACAUCUAGUGCAAUAUCACAGUUGUCAGUUUUGAAA